AUGGAGAAGCAUAUAGAGAACCCGACGUGCCCGGCCACGAUUCUGCGCCCAGUACUGGGCGACAUGUUCACCAAUGUGAAAGGUUCUCUCGAGUUCGAGGCCUCCCUGACUCGGACUUUGCAAGGCAAGACUACGAACUGCGAGAUGGAUCGUUAUUGGAUAGGACCGACUCCCGGCGUUGCCGGCGGUAAUGACAUAUACCGAGAUCCCUACAUGGCGAAUGGCGGCCCUCAAGACCGCUGGGUGGUGUUCCACAUGCACAUUGACGAGGGUACACAGUGGCUGAGGACCAUCAAUGGGCGCACCCACGUCGGCAUCCGAUCGGUUCAGGUCUUCCACGGCUACGAAUCCAACGUCCGGGGCAAUACGGCAUGGCGAGUCGAGAAUACGGACGGACGCCGUAAUAGUCGAGAUGGUUUAACUUGUGAAGAAGAAGAGGCCGUGUGGUACCCUGGAGCCGAUGUUGAACUCCCCAUCGGCACCGGGACUGAAUCGGACGAUGUCUUUUACCGGCAAUUUCAACAAUGGGGCGACCGAUUGUUUAACGACAGCUACAUGGGCUCGCGCGCGCUGGAGCUCCUAUUGAGUUGUUGCAAGUUUUGA